UUAGUCAAAUUGGUCAAACUCGACAAUCACAAGACGAUGUUUACUUAGUUCACACUCUUAGUCUUUGACUUAUUAAAUUAACUUUUAAUACAAAGGUCGGAUCAUAUUACAAGAUUAGAUAGAGAUAUUGGAUGCCGUGCUGCAAAAAGAAAAAAAAAAAAAAAAAAAAAAAAAACUGAUCCGGUUCGGUCCAGCGGUCCAGCCUCUUCUUGCUGAUCUAGUCCAUCAAAAUUUUAGCAAUCCCUAAUACCCAAAUGUUGAACCCACAAAAUUGCCUCUGGACUCUUAAAUAAACAGAAAGAAAUACAGAACCCCCCAAUUCUUCGUCUGCUCAAUUGUUGAAUUUUCUUCUUCGAUCUUUGUCACUUCUGGCGGCAUAUCAUUCUUGCGGGUACUACUCAAAAGUUCCGGUCUUUGAGGUAGUUGCAAAUGCUUGGUCUCCACCCACAUUCACCAUGCUCGACGAAUUGUCUGAAAGAAUCACUCAAAAGACUGAUAUCCACAUCUAUUAAUAUUAGUCAGUACACUGCACCAAACUUCAUAAACGAGCAAUGGAGUAAUGAUUACAUAAGCUCAUUGUGCAAACGGAAGCUAUUUAAAGGAGCUCUCGAGGCAUUCGAGCUAUUAAAAACGACUACGAUUUAUCAUGUAUAUCCCAGCACCUAUACUAAUUUGGUAUCCGCCUGCUCAUCCUUACGGUCCUUGGACUCUGCACGAAAACUUUACAACCAUGUCUUGAUGUCUGGUUAUGAACCUGAUAUGAUCUUUCAGAAUCAUGUUCUUAAUAUGUUUGGAAAGUGUGGAUCAAUGAGGGAUGCUAGAAGGGUUUUUGAUCAAAUGGUGGAGCGGAAUGUGGUAUCUUGGACUUCAGUUAUUGCUGGGUACUCGCAAAAUGAUCAGGAAAUAGAAGCAAUAAGAUUGUAUUUUCAGAUGCGCCAGUCAGGAGUAAUGCCAGACCCGUUCACUUUCGGGAGCUUACUAAAAUCUUGCUCUAAUUUGGGUGAGCUCGAGUUAGGACAGCAGUUGCAUUGCCAGGUUAUUAAGUCAGAACGUAGUUCUCAUCUUAUUGCUCAAAACGCUCUGGUUGCGAUGUAUACAAAGUUCAGCAUGAUAAAUGAGGCAGUGAAUGUGUUUUCUCGUAUCAAAUUAAAGGACUUGAUCUCAUGGAGUUCAAUCAUAGCUGGUUUUUCACAACUCGGCUAUGAGUUGGAAGCCCUGUAUCAUUUUAGAGAGAUGUUUGGCCAUGGAAUUUACCAGGCGAAUGAAUUUAUUUUUGGCAGUGUAUUUAGCGCCUGCAGCAGUCUCGUGCAGCCUGAAUAUGGAAGACAAGUACACGGUAUUUGUAUAAAAUAUGGGCUCGGGCAAGAUGCUUAUGCGGGUUGCUCUCUUGCUGAUAUGUAUGCGAGGUGUGGCUUGUUAGAAUCUGCAAAAACUGCGUUCUACCAGAUAGACAACCCCGAUAUAGUGUCCUGGAAUGCAAUUAUUACCGGGUUUUCUAGUAGUGGCGAUGCUAGUGAAGCAUUGGCUUUAUUUUCGGAGAUGAGGCAUCUGGACUUCACUCCAGAUGAUCUCACGAUGCGUUCUCUUCUCUGUGCUUUUGUUAGUCCCUUAGCCCUGUUUCAGGGAAAACAGGUACACUGCUUUAUUAUCAAGACGGGAUUUGAUUUGUACAUUCCGGUAUGUAAUACCUUGCUUUCGAUGUAUUCAAAUUGUUCAGACCUUUUUAGUGCAUAUAGGAUGUUCGGUGAAAUUCAACACAAUGCUGAUCUAGUUUCAUGGAAUGCUAUUCUUACGGUGUCUAUACAACACAAUGAGUCAGGAGAAGUUUUCUCGCUAUUUAAGAUGAUGCUUCAAUAUCAUUAUAAGCCUGAUCGUAUUACUUUAGUCAAUAUAGUUGGGGCUUGUGGGAAGGUAGCCUCUCUAGAAAUGGGAGAUCAAGCUCACUCCUAUGCUCUGAGAACCGGGCUUAGUCUCGACAUCACAAUCAGUAAUGGAUUAAUUGACAUGUAUGUUAAGUGCGGCUCGAUGGAAAAUGCUAGGAAGCUCUUUGGUGGCAUGGAGAAUCCCGAUGUAUUCUCGUGGAGUAGUUUGAUUGUGGGGUACGCUCAGUUCGGAUAUGGGGAAGAAGCUCUAAAGCUUUUCGGGGAAAUGAGGAAUUUAGGAGUCAAACCGAGCCAGGUAACGUUCGUUGGGGUUUUAACAGCUUGUAGUCAUGUCGGGCUGGUAAAAGAGGGGUGGCAGUUAUUCCAGCAAAUGGAAAUGGAGCACGGGAUUGUACCUACAAGAGAGCAUUGUUCUUGUGUUGUUGACAUGUUUGCUCGAGCUGGCUGCAUAGACGAGGCCGAAGCUUUUAUCAAUCAAAUGACAUUCGAUCCCGACAUCGUGAUGUGGAAAACACUGUUGGCAGCCUGUAAAACGCAUAAUAAUCUCGACGUUGGAAGACGGGCUGCGGAGAAUGUUUUGAAGAUUGAUCCCUCGAACUCUGCAGCCCACGUGUUACUCUGCAACAUAUAUGCUUCUACUGGAAAUUGGAAAGAUUUCGCCACGCUGAAAGGUUUAAUGAGACAAAAAGGUAUCAAAAAAGCUCCAGGUCAAAGUUGGAUCGAGGCCAAAGAUAGGAUUCAUGUUUUCUUGGCCGAAGAUUGUCAGCAUCCAGAACGAGACAAAAUAUACGCAAUGCUAGAUGACCUGUGGUUGCAAAUGUCGGACGAUGGUUAUGUUCCAGUUCAUGUUUAAGGUUCAAAUUUUUUAUGAAACUUUCGAGAAAGCUUCAAGUUAUGCAGUCGGGAUUCAGGCUAGUUCGAGCCAGAUUCUAGACACAAGACGUACCUGACUUUUACGCGGAGAGUAAGUACAAACUCAACUUUCUUGGAAUCUUGGUAAGGUAGAAGUUAAAAUGGUGUCUAUUUUCAUGCAUUAUUUGCAGGUUAGGAGGCCAUUGAAGGCUUUAAGAGGGAUUGCGAGACUAACCACUAGUCAAUGGACCGACUAUAGAAUUAUGAAAUCACAAACUACAAUUGCUCUGAAAUGUAUGCAGAUGCUUUCUCGUGUCACAGAUACCAAGCUAAACGACGCCCACCAAAUCAGGAAAGACAAAAGUGCGCUUGCAAAGUCCAUUUGGCGUGGAGAAUGGGACUCUCGAAAAGGGAUUAGCUGGCUCUGUGAAGAAGCGGCUCUCGUACCCACCUUCACCAGCCAGGCCAAGGCGUGCCGCCAAAGGUGAGCAUCUCCAUUGCUGGAAACACAAAUGGGGAGAUCAACUAAUUUUUCUCAUUCAAAUGGUUUGAAUGCAAUUCAUGGUUGCCUAAUGACUUAUAUGUAAUAAGUUGUUUGCCUGAACUUGUCUUCUCUGAAAUGUAACAGUUUUGUCCUCUAUAUGGUGCCAGAUUUUCAUGCC